AUGCGCUUGUUGACGCUACUCCUCCUCGCGGUGCCGGCCACCGUCUCUGCUUGCGAAGGCGAUUGCAUUGUCGGUACUACGAAUGCUUGGCUGAGUAACUACACUGCACCUAUCCAAACCGCCAUGGAAAGCAUCGCUACACAAAUCUCAAGGCUCAUUCCGAGUCACCCCAGCAUAGACACAACAUUCAGUUACCUCAACCCCAUUAUCACAGCCUACCACGACCAGUCCUAUCAGAACAUGGAGAACGGCAUCUUCCCCUCCUACUUCCAUGGCAAGUGUCUCGACAAGAACGGCAACGAGCCCGCCGGCUGUCCAAACCCUGAUUGCCCCGUCGUUUGUGGCACGCCCGGCUCGAUGGUGCACUUCUUCCCUAAGCUCCGGUAUAUCGCCUUCAACCAGACUUUGCACCUUCUUGAGACACUCUCGAGCCCGGGAUCGCCAAGCUACGACAGGAUGGAAGAACUCGUUCUCGACGCCAGCCAACGUCCGCCCGACGAGCGCCGGCGGCGUGGAUUCAGCAGGGUCUUCUCUCGUAGCGUCACCGACGGGAUCAAUGUCAUGCAGAACAACAAGAACGGCGCUGGUUCGCUUGUUCCUGGACUCGGACUCGUCUCUGGUUCUGGUUCUGGACUCGGGUCUGGUCCUGGGUCUCUUGACUUGAUUUCUGGAGUAGAGGAGUUGGCUGCGGCUUCCUCUUCGUCGUCGAAUAUGCUCGCACCCGCCCUGCCAAAGCGCGCCCAGGAUAUCAAGGCCGGGCUCAAGACAAUAAUGGCGCAAAUACCCGCGCUUAUGGAGGAGGCCUGCGGAGGGACUGGGGAUGGUGAGAAGAAUGGCUUGCCGCAUUGUAGCUGGGAAGUAGCUAUGAAGGAGUAUAUCUUGACAUUCCCUUAGUUGUGCAUGUUGUCGAAGCUAUCACUAGACAUGCCUAU